AAGAAGAGAAAGAAGACUCACCGGGACCAAAAAUCACCGAUUCGCCCCUUCGUUUCCGGCUUUUGCCCUUCCGCGUCCCGCCGCCUCGUCCCCCGUUUCCCGCGCCGGCGUGACGCGAGAGUCGAGGUGGUGUGGUGGAGCGAGAGGAAAGCAGCAGAGCAACGCCGCCGCCGCCGCCGCCGAGCCGAACGGCGGAUGAAGCACCGGGCCGCCAUGGACUCCCACCACGAGCAGCAGCAGCCGCCGUCGCCGCAGAGACUAAAGAUCUAUGUCAAGAUGACAAAGACAUUCACCCUGAAUGUAGAUUGCACUGAUACGGUCUCUCAGAUCAAGUCUAAACUCAGUGCCAUUGAGGGGAUCGACGAAAGCAAGCAAGAGAUGUUUUUUGAUGGGAUGCACAUGAAGAAUGAGGAUACACUUGCUGAUUAUAACAUCAUGACCAACUCUUCUGUUGAUCUCUAUGUCACUGAUGGUAUUCAAAUAUCUGUAAAGAUUCCCUCUGUUGGAAAGACCAUCAAGCUCAAUGUGAGGAAAUUGAGUGCUGUUGCUGAUGUUAAGGCAGAGAUUGAACAGAAAGAGGGAAUUCUUAUAAACGAACAAAUCCUGAUGUACGCAGGUCGGCAGCUUGAGGAUAACCACAUAUUAAGUCAAUGUGAUUUGAGGAAUGGUCAGUCGUUUCAUGUUUUAGUCUGCCCAAGUGACAAUCUGCGUGUCUUUAUCAAUGUGGGAGGGGAUAAAACUUUAAGUCUUGAAACUAAAUGCUGGUACACUGUUGCUGAUGUCAAGUUGAUGAUCGAGAAUUUGGAGGGUUUGCCUACUUGCAGUCAGAUACUCAGCCGGGUGCAAUCCGGUGUGCGUAUAGUACUCGACGACAGUGAAAUGCUACAAGAUCAACAUGUCAAAAACAAUGAUACUCUCUCUCUGGAAUACAGUAUCCACUUCUUCGUCAAGACAUGGGAGGGGAAGACAUUAACGAUGAUUAGGCAUAUGUCUGACACAGGUAAGGAAAUCAUGGAUACACUUAAAGGGAAGAUACGGAUCAAGGAAAGUUUGGUCUAUCUCUCUCAUAUGGGGCGUAUUCUGUCACCUGGGGAUACUCUUCAGAAACAUCAGGUCAAGAACAACUCCACCAUUUACAUCCGAUAUCGUAAUUCAGGGAUGUUUCAGGAUGAAACCAAAGGCAAGAAGUGAUAGGGAGCUAAUAGUUGCAACUUCAGACAGAACAGAGUUGCUUAGACCCUCAUAUAGCUAGCUUUUGGUGUUACUUCUCCUAGUUAUCUAGCAAUGAACUGGAUGUUUCUGGCUUGUAUUGCCUAUCUAUGUAAUACUUUUGUGGCACAAGCUUUUGCUUAGUUUCCAGCUGAAGGGAAGACACAAUGCUGAACUGUGAUGCUUAGCUGACUUUAUUUGCUUCUCUUCUUGACCUACUGUUGUGCUUUGUGAACAGAAGGUCCUCAACUGGAGUAAUGAACUAUGAUGCUAAGUUAACAUGU